ACAUAGCACAAGGAUCUGCAAUCAGGCUGCCGGAAGAGGGGAUGGGAUGAGGUAGUUGGCAUUCCUCUGAUGGAGGGAAAACAUCCGUAUCCUGUGUGACGAUGUAGUUGGCAGAGAGAGAACGAGCAUCCCCGAGCGAAUGGAUAACAUUUAGUUACGAGUUUUUGCAUACGACAGACGCGCGCGCCAUUAUCAUGCAUACGUGAGCGCAAAAUUUUCACAAUUUUCCACAAAGUUAAAAUAACAUUUUCAUUUUUCUCUCGAACGCCGACGUGUGACGUGGUGUGUCUCCGGAAAAUUUGAGAGCUCCAGUUAGUCUCUUGAAGUCAACCCAGCCGAACCUAUUCGAACUGCGAUACAAAGGAUACGUGCGUUCAGUACAAAUUCGGUCACUACUGUGAGAAGUCUUCACUUUUGCAGAUUCAAAAGAUCUCUUGAACUACCGUCAAUCAAAUGUGGAUUAGUGGUUUUUAUGCUGUUUGAAAAAAAUAACAAUUUUAGAAGAUUGUAAUAAAAGUGAAAAUAAGUGAAAAAUGCACCCUUCAGUUUCGCCCCUUCCGUCGUCAUCUCCGUUGGAUUUAAGGCCAGUGCUCGGCGGAACAAUUAUCCCAUCCUUGCACCACAACACACAUGACUCCAGCCUUAGAGUUCACAGUCCUCCCGGCAGCGGUGGCAACAGUCUGAACCAUGCUCAUUCACAGCAUCAUCUGCAUCACACUCAACAUCACAUUCAUCAUCAACAACAACAACAACAACAGCAACAGCAGAGCACUGCAAGCGGAAAUAGCAACAGUAGCACUAACCAUAACAGUAGCAGCACUACCAGCAACAGCAACGCCAACAUCGGAGGUGGCAGCAGCAAUCGGCAGGAAACCAGCGACGGCGAAACAAAUAGUGGCGACGGUGCUAAUGGAAGUGGUAGUAGCGGUGCGAACGGAACCGGAAACGGCUCGAAAUCAUCACGCGCUCAAGCACUGGUGAAACCACCCUACUCCUACAUUGCACUCAUUACGAUGGCGAUACUGCAAUCACCGCAGAAGAAGCUGACGCUCAGUGGAAUAUGCGAAUUUAUCAUGAGCAGGUUCCCAUACUACAAGGACAAAUUCCCCGCCUGGCAAAACUCCAUCCGGCACAACCUAAGCCUCAACGAUUGCUUUAUCAAAAUACCUCGCGAACCGGGAAACCCGGGCAAGGGCAACUUCUGGACACUGGAUCCGCUGGCCGAGGACAUGUUCGACAACGGUAGCUUCCUGCGGCGACGAAAGCGCUACAAACGCACCACCAUCCCGCCGGGGAUGAGCUUCCCUGCCGUAUUCAAUCCCUUUGCUCCGUUUUGGAUUCGGAAACCGGUUCCCGUGAUACCGAUGCAGUUUCCACCGCACACCAAUCUGACGGGGUUCACCGAUGGUCUGGGGAUGCCGACGCGGAACGAUUUUAUCUUGGACAGCAAGCUCAAUUUGUUCGGUGGUAAAAUGGAAGAUCUCAAUGUGGCAGUUAUGGAAAACAGUGAGUUCCUGGCGCGAAACACGGACAAUUUGAAAAUGUCCAGCGCGAUGAACAAAUUUUUCCACGGGUACAAUAGCGACGCUGGUGGCCCGAGUGGUUCUUACGAGGAUGGUGUGAAUAGUUUACAGUGCAAUAAUAACAAUAACAAUAGUUCAAUUAGUAGAGACAGUGUGGGUAAUUAUAUUACCAAAAACAACAAUAACGUUCCUAUGGCUAGUGCUGACGAACGGUAUUCGUCGGUUUUGAAUAGAAAUGGCCUAUCCCCGUCGGCCGUCGGCACUAGAGACAAUGCCAGUCCCUAUGAAGUGGAUCUUUCCAAUGAUGAUAAAAUUGACGUAGAGAGUGACGACGAUUACAAGUCGAUGGGUAAAGGCUACGCAAUCCAACACGGUCAGCGGGAGAAUUUUCUGGACCACAAUGAGCGCUACUCUCCGACGGAAAAGGAAUCUACCAAGGAUUACGAGGCGGCCGACGUGAUGACCAAACCAUCUAACGAUGCUGACGAUUAUGGCUGUGAAGACGACGAUCAUUCUGACAAGAAUAGUAACAUCUCUCAGGAUCGAUCGAGUAAGCUACAGAAGCAAUUUUACAUUAACAGCUACGAGGAGUCGGACCAUUUCAUGUCGGAAGCAAUAGCCGGAAAAUAUACCAACCUCAAAAGAGCCAUCGAGAGUGAGGAUCUUAAUGUAGUCGACACGUACAGUGAAACGAAACUGGUUGGAUUCGAUUUUUCCAGCCGGAAGCGAAAGUAUGGCAACACGAAAGGAUUCAGUAUAGAGAACUUGAUAGGCUGCAAUGUGGAAGAUAGAUGAACCGGUGCCGUGUAGUUAUUCGCCAGAGCAACCGAAAAGAAAUACGUGUAUCAUUUUAGAACCUGAUUGGCGAAAACUAAUUGUGUAAAUUUCCUUUAGUAUGUAGAUCACCAUUUUAGAUGACAUAAAAGAGCUAUAUAGAGUACCAAGCUGUAAAUAGAGAUCUCGAUAUGUAAUAACCCUUUGUG